AUGUCUUCAGCAGACAACUCUACAGCCUGCCCAGCAAAUGCUACUGUUUGCAAUGGUACAUCUUGUGUCUUACCAGAAGAUAAUUUUAAUGAAACUUUGAGUGUAACUUUAAGUUCUGUACUGACAAUCAUGCUGGCUUUGGUCAUGUUCUCCAUGGGCUGCAAUGUGGAACUUCGGAAAUUCUGGGGCCACAUAAAAAGACCCUGGGGUAUUUUUGUGGGUUUCCUUUGCCAGUUUGGAAUUAUGCCUCUCACGGCCUUCUUGCUGUCCCUGGCCUUUAACGUGCUUCCUGUCCAAGCCAUCGUGGUGCUCAUCAUGGGGUGCUGUCCAGGGGGCACAGCCUCCAACAUCAUCGCCUACUGGGUGGAUGGAGAUAUGGACCUAAGCAUCAGCAUGACAACUUGCUCCACACUGUUUGCAAUGGGAAUGAUGCCACUCUGCCUCUUUCUUUACACCAAGAUGUGGACUGAUUCCAACGCAAUUGUACUCCCUUAUGACAGCAUUGGAAUUUCACUGGUAGCUCUUGUAAUUCCUGUCUCAUUUGGAAUGUAUGUUAACCACAGAUGGCCUAGUAAAGCAAAAAUCAUACUGAAGGUUGGUUCCAUUGUGGGAGCACUCCUCAUCGUGGUCAUUGCUGUGGUGGGGGGAAUACUCUACAGAGGCUCCUGGAUCAUCUCACCCAAAUUAUGGAUCAUUGGCACCAUAUUCCCAGCAGCUGGCUAUUCUCUGGGAUUCUUUCUGGCCCGUGUGGCGGGUCUGCCUUGGCACAGGUGUCGCACGGUGUCUCUGGAAACAGGCAUGCAAAACACUCAGCUGUGUUCAACUAUAGUACAGCUCUCCUUCACGCCAGAGCAACUGGAGUUGAUGUUUACCUUCCCACUCAUCUACAGCAUUUUCCAGGUGUUGUUUGCACUACUAAUUUUAGCAGGCUACCGUGUUUACAGAAGACACCGGAUCAAAACAAAGACAGAUGCUGAAAAAACAGAGGAAAAAGAGGAUUCUAAAUCAAUGUCAUCACGUGCUAAAAUAAACGGAGGAUUUGUAUCAAAUGAGACCAAAGACACAGUUACCUCUGUUUCCAUCAACUAA